AUGAUUCUGCCCAAGACGGUCAUCAUCGCCGGCCAACCAUCGAUCUGUGCCGGUUCAUCUUGUAACAAAGGGAUGAGGCAAUUUCAAGCUGAAGAUGAAUUCUGGUCAACAUAUCUAGAGGCUGCGCGCGAGGAAGAUGAAUGGCGCCCAAAGGAUUGGGAUGGGAAUACGGGAAGUAUCCUUACAUUUACCGGUCUCUUCGCAGCGACCGUAGCGGCGUUCGUAAUCGAAAGCUAUAAGUCUCUCGCGCCAGACUCGGGCGACCAAACAGUGGAACUGCUCACACAGUUACUCGCAGUUGCUACGAACGGAACUUCAUCUUCAUCCCUCGGUGAUAUCGCGAGAUCGCCUCCGUUUGCGGCGUCGACUUUGGACGUCCUUGCAAAUGCCUUCUGGUUUUGCAGUCUCUCUGUAUCCCUCGUCUGCGCGCUUCUGGCUACUCUCAUUCAGCAAUGGUCUAGAGACUAUGUGCGGGAUAUCCGACGCAAGCAGACCCUUGACGAGAGCAUACGCGGACGAGCAUUCAACCACAUCUAUGUUCGCAUGGGUGUCAACCGUUAUGGCAUGGACCAGAUGGUGUCCUGGCUUGUCGCUCUCGUUCAUCUUGCUGUUGCACUUUUUGCUGCGGGCCUCUUUCUCUUCCUAUACUCGAUUAACUCGCCCGUCGCUAUCUGCGCGACAACGGUCCAGCCGUGGUAG